AUGGGUCUGGGCAAGACAGCCCAGGCCCUGACACUGUGCUCCCAAUUUCCAAGCGACUUCCCAUUGCUCGUGGUCUGCCCCUCCUCUUUGCGUGGGAAUUGGCGAGAAGAGGCCUCGCGCUGGCUGCCGUCAUCGAUCGUGUCAAACCCGGAACGUCACAUCCAGGUGGUGCUGAAGGGCUCAGACAAGCUUCGCCACGAGGCACGAGUGGUGAUCGUCAGCUACGACCUGAUAGCUCAGCAGGAAGCCUUUCAGCAGUCGGCCCACGGCAAGAAGUACCGGGUGGUCAUUUGUGACGAAGCUCAUUUCCUCAAGACGCCGUCUUCUCAACGAUCCAAGGCGCUUCGUCCGAUCCUCCAGGAGACUCGGCGAUGUGCCCUCCUCACGGGAACGCCUGCCCUGGCGAAGGCCUCAGAGCUCUACUCGCUGUUAGACUGCCUGCUGCCGGGCCUGCUGCCGACUCACAACGUGUUCUGCAAAAGGUACUGCAAUGAGAAGACUCUGCGGCUUGGCAAGCGGCAUGUCAAGCAGUGGGAAGGCUGUCGCCUGGGAGAUGAGCUCUAUGCAGUCCUCGAUGCCGUCAUGGUCCGACGCUUCAAGAAGGAGGUGCUGAGCCAGCUCCCGGCGAAGCGCCGGCAGCGAGUGGUGCUGGACAGGCUCAGCAAUGAGCAAGGUGUGCUGAAAGAGCUUCGGGAGAAAAUGAGUGCCUUCGGCCGUCAGCCUGAAGAAGGAGAUCUCCAGGGCGGCAAGAAUGGUGGGGGUGCGACGGCUGCUACGGAGCUUUUCAGGCUCACUGGCCUCGCCAAAGUGGAUGCAGUCGCAGACUAUGUCCAGUACUUGGUGGAGGCUGAGUGCCGUUUCCUGCUUUUUGCACACCACCAGGCAGUGAUGGACACCUUACAGCAGAAGCUCGAGAAGUUGAAAGCAGGAUUCAUCCGAAUCGAUGGCAAGACUCCUUCGCAUAAGCGAGAGCAGUUGGUGAACGAGUUUCGCUCGAAUCCGGCCAAGCAAGUGGCCUUGCUGUCGAUUACGGCGUGCGGACAAGGCCUCAACCUGCAGGUUUGCUCGACAGUGGUCUUUGCGGAGCUGCAUUGGACGCCAGGGACGCUGCUUCAGGCUGAAGACCGAGCCCAUCGAAUGGGCCAGCAAGAGUCCGUGAAUGUCCACUACCUCAUUGCCAAAGACACCCUGGAUGAAAGUGUAUACCAGAUGCUGGAACGAAAGCAGCACGAUGUGGGCGUCAUGGUCGAUGGGCAGGCAUCCAAAAUCGGCGCUGAGAAUGUGGGCUCGAAGGGGACUUUCUCGAAGACGCGACCCGUCGAGAAUCCAGAGCCAGAGUCGGCAGAGUCAGGUAAUCCCAAUCCGCCGGGAGCACAGCAAGAGUCGGCCGGAGAGGAUCCUCGCCAGCUUCGGCUCUUCUUUCCGAAGCCAAAGGAAGCAGGUGCCGAGGACGCCGGGGAGGACUCCUGGGUAUCGGAGCAUCCCGGAAGAAUAGUCGAACACAAGCGGGCGAGUGUUGAGACUCUGAGAUUACUGCUUGUUACCAGUGGAAGAUGUGGGAGCGCAGAACGAAACACCACACUGUUGCCUCGUGGCCGUGAGCGUGUGGCAAUGGUGUGCAAUGGUGUUCCGGUGAGGGCAACAGUGGUUGCCUUGCCUUUCACUGACAAACGAUCAGCAUCACACAUGCCAGUUUAUCCUUUUAAUCGCGGUCUUGCUCCCUCAACCGAGUCCCCAUCCCCGUGCUCAGUGUAG